CGUGUGGAAGGAAAUUUGACCGAUUCAUUCGCGGCACGGUUGAGAGCGAGACAUCACCGUUCGCAAACGAAUUAAACACGUACAUUUGUAUUUAUUGUAUUUGGUGGUUGUACUUGCGCCGUACCUUCUUUCAGUGGAUAUCAAAGACAUGAUAAUGGACAACUGGACGAUUCCCCCAAAUGCACCCGCAUGCAUGGACAAGCAACUCAUGUCUGCUCACUACAGACCAGAUGGAGCAUUGCUUUUAGCAGCAUCCAGUCUCACUUACAGGACGUGGAUGGGGUCUAUCUGGGUGUACACUGACCCAACGAAGGCCCCAAAUGAAGGCUUCUGCAAAACUGGGGUUCAGACUGACUCCGGGGUCACCCAGGCUCUCUGGGCAUCUGAUAAAGGUGUCCUUUUAGCUUGUGAUUCAGGUGCUGUGGAACUGUGGGAGCUGACAGAGGAUGAGCGGCUGCUGUCCAACCGCUUCAGCAAACAGGCUCACGACGCCAUCGUUACCAGCAUCAGUACUACGGCCGCCAAGACGCAUGCAGUCAGUAGCAGCAUGGACUGCAGCGUCAAAGUAUGGGACCUUGGUGAAGAGACGGCCAUUAAUACAUAUCAUGCACACUCCAAACCUGUGACGCGUGUGGUCUGCAGCCCAUCAGAGGAAGCCCUGUUUCUCUCCUGUGGCCAGGAUGGUCGUCUUUUGCUCUGGGAUCGCAGAAAGUCCAAGCCUGCACUUAGUCUGGACAUGGUGGCCCCCAGUUGUGCAGCCACUGCCCUGGCAUGGCACCCACAUCAGAGCAGCACAUUUGCCUAUGGUGAUGUGCUGGGAAGGGUCACAGUGAAAGACCUGCAGACGCCUGGAAAGACUCAGACCAUGACCAGCCACAAGCGUAGCGUUACUGCCUUGGCCUAUUCCUCUCACAG